CGCGCGCUGUGUGAAAUACGCGGAAGUGACUGUGUGCAGGCGGAAGUGGUCUGGACGGAAGCGGGUUCGUCUGUCAAGGGUGGAAAAAAUCGUAGAAUUUGACACAAAGGGGGUUUAGCAAAUCUCCAGUACUAUCCCCCUCUCCUCGGCCUCCACCAUGAUCCUUUUAGAAAUUAAUAACCGCAUCAUAGAAGAGACGCUGACGCUGAAGUUCGACGGCGCUUCCAAUGGAACCAAGCCAGAGGCUGUGGAAGUGACUUUUGCAGAUUUUGAUGGCGUCCUGUACCACAUUUCCAACCCCAAUGGGGAGAAGUCCAAAGUGAUGCUCAGCAUCUCCCUGAAGUUUUAUAAGGAGCUUCAGGAGCAUGGAGCUGACGAGCUGCUCAAGAAAGUCUAUGGGGACUACUUGACUGCACCUGAAGCAGGCUACAACGUGUCUCUCCUGUAUGACCUGGAGGCAUUGCCAGCCAACAAAGAUGAGGUCAUUCACCAGGCAGGGAUUCUGAAAAGGAACUGCUUCGCAUCUGUCUUUGAGAAAUACUUUAAGUUCCAGGAAGAAGGCAAAGAAGGAGAGAAGAGAGCUGUCGUUCACUACAGAGACGAUGAGUCGAUGUAUGUGGAGGCCAAGAAGGACAGAGUUACCGUGGUUUUCAGCACAGUCUUUAAAGAUGAUGAUGAUGUCAUUAUUGGCAAAGUCUUCAUGCAGGAGUUUAAGGAGGGCCGGCGAGCCAGUCACACCGCGCCCCAGGUGCUGUUCAGUCACAGGGAGCCUCCCCUGGAGCUGAAGGACACAGAUGCUGCAGUCGGAGACAACAUCGGAUACAUCACUUUUGUGCUGUUCCCACGUCACACCAAUGCCAAUGCCAGAGACAACACCAUCAACCUCAUCCACACCUUCAGGGACUAUCUGCACUACCACAUAAAGUGCUCCAAGGCCUACAUUCACACACGUAUGAGGGCCAAGACAUCAGAUUUUCUCAAAGUGCUGAACCGUGCCCGACCGGACGCUGAGAAGAAAGAGAUGAAGACCAUCUCUGGAAAGACGUUCUCCCGCUGACGCUGCCCCGCCUUCCUCCAGACUAAUCCAAAAACGCCACACUCGGACUGAACGCCAUCGGACAGGACCCAGGAUGCCUCCAAACUCGCCCCAACAAAUCCACUAUUUGUUUUGUAUUGAAUAAUAAUGUGGGCUUUCCUUAGGAAAAGCCACUGCUCAUUGUAAUAAAAAGGGCAUUCCUUGCUUUGCAUAGUAAAAGAGAAUUAUUAGUCCUAUAUAAAUAUAUAUAUGAAAUAUGACAUUUUUGAUACGAUAUCUCUUGACUCCAUUUGGUAC